GGCAAAAUGCGGGAUGUCUAACUGAAUGUGACACAGCAUCAAAUAGCUCGUUUUGUCUUCCUCACCUUUAUACAAUCACUUUUAAAUGUACACAUCCGGACCCGCGGCCGCCAUGGCAGAAGCCAACUUCAUCAAAUCAUUCCUCACCUCCCUCGACUCACGCCCCAUUAAGCUCCCCGCCGACUAUGUCAUUGAUCCAGAACGAGUCGGGCGAGUCCCUUUCCUCCUCCCCCGCAUGCCAGCCCCUCACCCUGAAAUGCCCAAGAAAGUGAAACAGGCUCAAGCCCCCGGCUCCGCCAAAUCAAUCACCGUGAACUUAAAAUCCGCGCGGAAUCCCGUCCUUGAAUUCAAGCUUUCCAACAAGCCUAUCUCCACGACUUCUGUUCAGGACCUCAAGGAUGCAGUGCGGGGCCGUGUGGUCGACGCUCAGUCAAACAAGAUUCCACUGGACAAGAUCAAGAUCCUGUAUAAGCGCAAGCCGGUUGCGGGGAAGACCAUCUCCGAGAUCUUGGCUGAUGAGCCGGAGAUGCUGGCUGGUGGGAAGGAAGUUGAGUUUGGGGUUAUGAUUAUGGGCGGUGCGAAGGUUGUCGAUGAGGAUCAGGAGAUGGUGGAUCGUGGUGCGUCGCCGAAGGCUGCUCUUGGGCCUAGUGGGGAGAGUGUCCUGGAGACGGAGGAGUUCUGGGAGGAUCUGGAGGGAUUUCUGGCGCAGAGGAUUAAGGAUAAUGAGGAGGCGCAGAAGUUGAGGAGCUUGUUUAAGGAGGCUUGGAGUUCGAGUCGGUAAGUUAUUUGGUUUGUAUGGCUUGGGUGUUGUGUUAUGAUACCUCUUCUUAUGAGAACAUAAGGUCCGGAUACAAUGUCGGAUAUCCCUACUCAUGAAUAAACAAGCGUUCAGUGGUAUUCCUU